CGCGCUUGUCAGUGUGAAUUCGCGGCUUUAACAGUGUCGAUCGUUAUUGUUGGAAAUUAUCAAGUUGUUUAAAAAAAACAUUAUAUAAUUUCAACAUGAAAUCAGAGUCCAGUGGCAAAGAGCCUCCGAAGGCAUCAAAUGGAAAUAACGCUGCGAGCGGAAAUGACGACUAUGAUCCACAUCUGCAUCGAAACGUUGAAAAUCCGACUACAACUAUGCAAACGUUUGCCCACUUUUUGAAGGCUUCAAUAGGUUCGGGUGUUUUGGCAAUGCCGAGCGCAUUCGCGAAUGCAGGCUACAUAACAGGACCAGUACUAACCCUGAUUAUUGGAGGAAUUGCGGUGCAUUGCUUACACAUAUUGAUAAACUCCAUGUAUGCGCUGUGUAAGCGAAAGCGUGUGCCAUAUAUGACGUUUUCCGAAGCGAUGACAAUUGGUUUGCAUGAUGGUCCGCCGAUUUUUAAAUUUGUUUUACCUAUCGCAACCCCUCUCGUUGACGGGUUUCUUGCCUUUUAUCAUUUUGGCAUCUGCUGCGUCUACGUCGUCUUCAUAUCAGAAAGCAUUAAACAGAUUGUCGAUGAAUAUCUAGUGGUUUUAGAUGUGAGAUUGCAUAUGUGUUUCAUUUUAAUUCCACUAUUUCUGUUGUACAGUAUCAGAAGCCUGAGAACGUUAGCGCCAUUUUCAACUACUGCCAACUUAAUGCUAUUCGUGGGUUUUGGCAUUGUGCUCUAUUAUAUUUUCGCAACUUUGCCGCCGAUUUCCACACGCAAACCUUUUCAGGAGAUUUCGAGAUUACCAAUAUUUUUUGGCACUGUGCUCUUCGCCAUUGAAGCUGUUGGCGUCAUUCUUGCCAUAGAAGAGAAAAUGGCGAAACCAAAGUCCUACAUCAAGCCUUUUGGUGUGCUGAACGUUGGCAUGGCAAUUGUGCUCUCCUUGUACACUCUGCUCGGUUUCUUCGGCUAUUGGGAGUAUGGUGAUGAGGCAUUGGGUAGUGUGACACUUAAUAUUCCACAGGAAGCAGUUUUAGCUCAGGUGGCUAAGAUUAUAUUCGCCAUUACAACUUGGAUUACAUACGCUCUGCAAGGUUACGUUACAGCCGAUAUCAUUUGGAAUAAAUAUCUCUCGAAGCGAGUGAAAAAUAAGUCCAGACAUGUGCUAUACGAGCUCCUGAUAAGAGCCACCAUUGUUUUGCUAACGUUUUGUUUCGCUGUGGCCAUACCAGACUUAUCGCUGUUCUUAUCGUUAGUCGGUUCAUUUUGCUUAUCUAUACUCGGUUUGAUUUUUCCCGCUUUACUGCAAAUUUGCGUGCAAUAUGGUGGUGGUUAUGGUGUAUGGAAACUGAUGUUGGUGAAAAACCUUCUCUUGAUGGCGUUUGGCAUCUUUGGUGGGGUUGUGGGCUCGUAUGUUAGCAUUGUGCAAAUUAUCGAUAACUACAAUACGUGAGGCUCUCAAAUUUUAGUUCUCGGAUAAAGCUCAAAGUUUUAUA